AUGGACACCCACACCUGCAAUGAUGCUGAGGAUUACGAAAUACUGGUGGACAUUGGAGAGGGAGCCUACGGCAAAGUGUUCAAAGCCAGAGAGACCAAGGGCCAGCAACGGCUCGUUGCGCUGAAGAAGCUAAACAUACCAAACGAUCUAGAAAGCGGCAUCCCUGCUUUCAUGAUCCGGGAGGUGGCGCUGUUACGAAAAAUGGAGUACUUCAACCACCCAAAUAUUGUAAAGUUACUCAACGUCUCCGCUAUACUCCGGAAUCGAACGCUGGACUUAACGUUGGUUUUUGAGUACAUUGAUCAGGACUUGUCAACGUUCCUUGCCUCAGCUCCAUCCACUGGGCUGAGUCGUGAAAAAAUUAAAGAUGUGAUGCGGCAGCUGUUGCAUGGCUUGGAUUUCCUCCACACCAACAUGCUGGUGCAUCGUGACCUCAAGCCAGACAAUGUGCUGGUCAGCAGUCGAGGGGAGGUCAAAAUUGCUGACUUUGGACUGUCACGAAUCUACACCUAUCAUAUUGCUCUUACUCCCUGUGUGGUGACGCUGUGGUACAGGGCACCAGAGGUCCUGCUCCACUCUGGCUACAUGCCCUCUGUGGACAUUUGGAGCGCUGGGUGCAUUUUUGCUGAGCUCUUCCUCCUUAGGCCCUUGUUCCGUGAAUACUCUGAGGCACGACAACUCCAGAAGAUAUUUGAAGUAAUUGGUCUGCCCGGGGAGGAGGACUGGCCAGUGGAGAGCCCGAUUUCAUACUCUUCAAACUGGGGAACAGGUGCUAGAUCUGCCCAGUUGCUACCCAACCUGAGCCAACAAGAGAAUGAUCUGCUAAGCCAAUGUCUGACGUUCAACCCCACCAAGAGAAUCUCGGCCUCCAGAGCUUUGGCCCACUCGUUCCUGGCAGGCCCCUGA